UCUCCCACGCCAUUCACGUAACAGUCAGGUCAGGUCACUAGGUCAGGCCAGGCGGCCGGGCUGUCACGGCACGGCAGCACGCACACCCGUGGUACGCGCGCGUGCUCUCGCCGUGCCUUCUCCAGCCUAUAAAACGCCCGGCCCGCGCGGCGACCUCCUCACACACCCGUCUUCCUCCGCACAGCUCUCCAACGGAAAGCAGUACAAGUGCCAUUGGAGCAGUGAAAGCGAGAAGGAGGCCAGGAUGAUUCUGGGAGGGCUGAUCGACAGCCUGACCGGCGCGAACAAGAGCGCGCGGCUCAAGGGCACGGUGGUGCUGAUGAGGAAGAACGUGCUGGACCUCACCGACUUCGGCGCCACCAUCAUGGACGGCAUCGGCGACUUCCUCGGCAAGGGCGUCACCUGCCAGCUUAUCAGCUCCACCCUCGUCGACCACGACAACGGCGGGCGCGGCAAGGUGGGCGCGGAGGCGGAGCUGGAGCAGUGGGUGACGAGCCUGCCGUCGCUGACGACGGGGGAGUCCAAGUUCGGCCUCACCUUCGACUGGGAGGUGGAGAAGCUCGGGGUGCCGGGCGCCAUCAUCGUCAACAACUACCACAGCUCCGAGUUCCUGCUCAAGACCGUCACCCUCCACGACGUCCCCGGCCGCGGCAGCCUCUCCUUCGUCGCCAACUCCUGGGUCUACCCCGCCGCCAGCUACACCUACAGCCGCGUCUUCUUCGCCAACGACACGUACCUGCCGAGCCAGAUGCCGGCGGCGCUGAAGCCGUACCGCGACGACGAGCUCCGGAACCUGCGGGGCGACGACCCGCAGGGCCCCCACCAGGAGGACGAACCC